AUGACUUGGAUAGCUGCCAAUAUUUCGGCAUCAUGUAUUUCAAAUCCAAGUUCCCCGGCCUGUGAACCGUCCACAAUUAUGUUUAUGACUUUUAUUGCUAAUUUAUUUUCAAAAUCGGUAGACAGUAAUUCAAUAAUAAAGCCUGAACCAGAACAAUUUGACUUUAUAGUCGUUGGAGCUGGCUCAGGUGGUUGUGUGAUUGCUAAUCGAUUGACUGAAAUCAACGACUGGAAUGUACUUUUGCUGGAAGCAGGUGUCGAGGAACCAGAAAUAAUGAAGGUCCCAUCUCUGAGGAGCAUGAUAUCGGGAAGUAACCUUGAAUAUAAAUAUCAGGUGCAAUCAGAGAAAAACGUUUGUAAAUCAUAUCCGUGCUCAUUUUCUCCGGGAAAGGUAAUGGGUGGUACAAGUACAACCAAUGGUAUGGUUUACACCAGAGGAAACCGAGAGGAUUAUGACAAUUGGGCAAAGUUGGGAAACACUGGCUGGAGUUUUGAGGAAGUAUUGCCAUACUUCAAAAAAUCCGAGAAUAACUUAAACAAAGAUAUUGUAAGAGAUCACCCAAAAUACCAUGGAACUGGAGGAUACCAAAGUGUACAACGGUUUCCAUAUUCAGAUUUGAAUACAAACAUAAUAAUUGAUGCCCUGCAAGAACUGGGAUAUAAUAAAACAGACGCAAAUGGCGAAAUUCAAUUAGGCAUAAUGGACCAUCAGUGGACUAGUAGAAAUGGAGAGCGUCAGAGUACAAACGCAGCUUUCAUUAGACCAAUUAGAAACAAAAGAUCCAACCUUUUUAUCAAAACUGAGUCUUAUGCAACGAGAGUGCUUAUUGAUCAACAAACAAAAAGGGCUUUUGGCGUUGAGUAUACAUCUAACGGAAUUCCUAAAGUUAUUUAUGCAAAGAAAGAAGUUAUUGUUUCGGGUGGUGCACUUGAGUCACCAAAACUUCUGAUGCUCUCUGGAAUUGGACCAGCAGAAGAUUUAAAGAAACACAAAAUCUCGGUGAUAAGUGACUUGCCAGUUGGACGUAAUAUGCAUAAUCACAUAAGAAUAAGUGAACUCGAUUUUUCCUUAGCAAAUAAGAGUUAUUGGACUUUGAAAUCCUUGAAAGAGAUGAUAGGGGAUGUUAACAAUUAUUUAGAAACAAAUGGAGGCCCACUUUCCGGAUGGGGCCCCGCAGCAGCCAAUGCUUUUAUAAAAAGCAAAUUCGAAAGUAGUGUAAAUGCUCCAGAUCUGCAAUUGCAAUUUCAGCCACUGUCUCCUGCAUACACACCAGUUUCUUACUACAAAUCUUUUGGUCUCUCUGUAUUUCAUCUGACACCUAAAAGUCGAGGCUAUAUUACACUCAAUGAUACCGAUCCAGUUUGCGGAAAUCCUUUGAUUUAUACUGGUUACUUUACAGUCAAAUCUGACAUGGAUGUCAUGUUAGAAGGUAUUCGGAUGGCUCUGAAAGUAGCAGAUACUAAAAUUUUUAAAGAAAACGGGUUUGAACUCAAUGAAACUCCUCAAGCAGUUUGCAAACAGUUCGCUUUUCGCAGUGAUGAUUAUUUCAAAUGCCUUUUAGCAGAGCACUCAACGACUGUUAAUCACUAUGUCAGUACGUGUAAAAUGGGACCCAAAAGUGAUUCUGAAGCUGUUGUUGAUCCGAGAUUACGAGUUUAUGGAGUAAAUGGACUUCGGGUUGUAGAUGCAUCAAUUAUGCCAGUUGUCAUUCGAGGAAAUACAAAUGCACCGACAAUUAUGAUUGCGGAAAAAGCUGGUGACAUGAUUAAAGAAGAUUGGGAUAAGAAAUCGCGAAGGAAAUGA